AUGCGUUUCUUGCCCCUCCCCACCUGCUGCGUUGUAUGGCUCGCAGCAGUCGCACUGGCCGCAGCGCCCGCAGCGGCCAACAGCCCCGCUGUUUCGCUCUGGGAAGCUCUAGAGACGGAGUCCGAGGCUGGCUCUCCCACUUCAGUGGACCAGUGGACCACUGAGGAGCCCCAGGUCACCGAGCCGGAGUCCCAGUCCGCCUACGACGCUGCAGCCUUCCCAAUCCGCAGGACCACUGGCCCAACCCGCGGCUUCUACUUGACCCCCGGGGCCCCGGGGGCCCCGGGGGCCCCUGGGGCCCCGGGGGCCCCUGGGGCCCCUGCGGCCCCGGGGGCCCCGGGGGCCCUCUCUUCCUCCAUACCCACUGAGGCGCUGCAGCAGAAGGGCCCCUCCCGCGGCUUCCGGGCCUCCCCGGGGGCCCCCCGGCCCCGCAGGGGCCCCCCGGGGGCCCCCAGCGUGGUGGCGCUGUUCUUAUUUGCCAUAUUGGGUCUGGUGGCUGCGCGUUCUGUGCGGCUUCCGGGGCGGCUGCGGCCUGCGCUGGAGCUGCUGCCUGCGCAGCAGCAGCAGCAGCAGCAGCAGCAGCAGCAGCAGCAGCAGGCGCUGGAGAGCGCGCGGCUUGCGCAGCAGCUCGAGACCCUCGAGCUGCUGCAGCCUGCUGCGCUGCAGCUAGCUGAGGCCCUGGGCACUCGGGAAAGUCUUGCUGCUGUUCGGGAGUUCCGGCGGGGGCUGCAGCGAGCGAAGCAGCUGGAGGAGCGGGCCCGCGAGGGGCCCCCCGAGAAGCGCUGGAAAGGGCACUGGGAGCAGCAGAAGCAGCGCUGGCCCAGCUUUAUGAAGUGGCCGUGGCCCACGGGCUGCAGGUGGCCCAAGCAGCAGCACGCAUGCAAAGCCCUGCUGUGCUGCAGCAGCAGGAGCAGCAAGCCCUGGAGGCCUACGCGGGUACUGUGCGGGGCCCUGGGGGCCCACCUGGGGGCCCUGCGGGAGAGCUGCGGGGCGUUUGUGCAGCAGGUGGCAGCAGCGCAGCAGGCGCUGCAGCAGCAGCAGCAGCAGCAGUUCGCGCUGCAGCAGGGGGCCGCGCAGCUUGCUGCUGUUGCUGCCAAAGUGGACUUCCUCCAGAAGGCCCGCGAGGCCCUCGAAGCAGCAAGACGCAGCAGCAAAGACUUGGAGACAAGUGCUGUUGCUGUGAUGCUUUCGCAGCUAGCUAGAGAGCAUGCAACUUUGCUGCGGGAGUGCAGAGACCUCCUCGACGGCCAGCGGGCCCUCUACAGGGCUCUCCUCCAGCUGCAGCAGCAGCAGCAGCAGCAGCAGCAGCAGCAGCAGCAGCAGCAGCAGCAGGGGCCGGGCGGGGCGGCGGAGCGGCCGCAGCGGGACCCGCCGCAGCAGCAGCCCCCCACGGAGGAGCCGCAGCAGCAGCGCGGCCAGGACCCGGACCAGGACCAGGACCAGCAGCAGCAGCAGCAGCAGCAGCAGCAGCAGCAGCAGCAGCGGCAGUGGGACGAGGCGGAGCUGGACAGAGUGGAGCGGCAGCUGGAGAAGGGGGAGCUGCUGCUGCGGGAGUACAGAGAAGCAAUUGAGCAGCUGCAGCACGAGGGGGACAUUUUAGCUGCUGCAGCAGAGGGGCAGCGCGUGGGGCUUGUGGGGCGGGAGCUGCAGCAGCAGCUGGCAGCAGCAGCAGCAAGCCUCAGCGGACUUCUGGACAAAGAUCUUUCCGGAAAAAUGAUGCAAAAUGAACAAGUCCGACAAACCAUCAACUCAAUAGCAGCAAGAGCUGGCCAGGAGGCCUCAGCAAUUAGCAAAAGGGUCUCAGACAUUCUCAACGAGCUGCAGCAGGGGGGCCCCCUCAGGGGGGCCCCCCAGGGCCCCGGGGGGGCCCCCCGAAGCAUCAUAAACCCCUCCGUGCUGCUGCGGCUGACGGACUCGCUGCAGCAAGUGGGAGACAACGCGAAGAACAGGGCCCGGCAUGCAGCAAAUGCUGCAGCAGAAGCUCUGCGGUCUCGUGCUGCUGCUGCUGAGAACCUCAUGAAUGCUGCUCGAAGAGCAGCAGCAGAAACGGAAGCUUUUAAUGGAGAAGCAGAAAUCCUGUGGCUGCAUGCGCAGCUGCUGGAGGCUCUGGAGCUGGACAUGCGGCGGAGCCUGCGGCUGGCGCAGAGCGCAGCAGCAGCAGCAGGUUUGCUGCAGCAGGAGCCCGCAGCAGCAGCAGCAGCAGCAGCAGCGGCGGCGGACGCGGCGCCCGGGCCGCUGCAGCAGCAGCAGCAGCAGGGCCCCGAACUCCCCCCCGAAGCCGCAGCUGCUGCCACGGAGCUGCUGCAGGCCGUCCGCAGCAGCAGAGCUGCAGCAUGGACUCAGUGGGCUUCCAAGGACUUGGUGGAAACUGCAGCAAAAAUGAAGUCCAGUGUCCUCCAGCUGCUAGCCAUAGUCAACGCCCCCGCGCCCCCCAGCCCAGACGCCAACUAG